UCACUCAUCUCUACAACAGCAGCUCUUAUUACGUUCUAGCUGAAUUUUUCAAGGGAGAGAGAUAUAAAAAAAAACAAAAAAAAAAAACAUCCAGGUAGUAAGGAAGGAGCCAAGGCAGGAAAGUGUCAAAUAGGCUUCACAUAGCUUGUGGCGUGCUGUGUGCACUGAGCAUCUCCUGCACUGGACCUGUUCAUAGAAGUGCUGUCCUCCUCAUCCCCCUAAAAAUAACGUCUCCCACUAUCAAGGGCGUUUGUUACAUCUAGCCUCCUCUCUUUCCCAUCGCUGUGUGUAGAUUCUAAACAGUGCUAUGGAGCAAGAGAAAUAUUUGCCAGAGCUGAUGGCAGAGAAGGAUACCUUGGAUCCAUCUUUUGUUCACGCUAUGCGCCUCUUAGCUGAAGAGAUCGAAAAGUUCCAUGAUUCCGAGGGAAAGAAAGAAGAUGAGGAAAAGAAAUAUCUAGAUAUAAUCAGCAACAAAAAUAUAAAGCUAUCAGAGAGAGUAUUGAUACCAGUUAAACAAUAUCCAAAGUUCAACUUUGUUGGGAAAUUACUUGGCCCAAGAGGCAAUUCUCUGAAGCGACUACAAGAAGAAACUGGUGCAAAAAUGUCAAUACUGGGAAAAGGUUCAAUGAGAGACAAAGCAAAGGAAGAAGAACUAAGGAAGAGCGAAGAAGCAAAAUAUGCACAUUUGAGUGAUGAACUCCACGUACUUAUUGAAGUGUUUGCUCCACCAGGAGAAGCUUAUUUACGUAUGAGUCACGCCUUAGAAGAGAUUAAAAAAUUCCUUGUUCCGGAUUACAAUGAUGAAAUUCGACAGGAGCAAUUACGAGAACUAUCAUAUUUAAAUGGAUCUGAAGAUUCCAUUCGAGGAAAAGGGACAAGAGGUAGAGGAGUUAGGGUAGCACCCACAACUCUUACCAGAAAUAGAGGAGGUACAAUUCUUCCUUCGAUGUCUGGUCGAGGAAAAUCAGUACCAAGAGGGGCACCAGUGACACGUGGAGCAUUACCACUUCCACCAAUAGCUCGUGGAGUCCCCACACCACGGACAAGAGGAACUCUUACAGUAACAGGAUACAGACCACCACCACCACCACCUGAGCCAUACGAUGAAUACGGUUAUGAUGAUGGUUUUGGAGAUGAUUAUGAAGAGCAGAGUUAUGAAGAAUAUGACAACAAUUAUACAACACAAACAGAGAGUAUACCUGAAUAUUAUGACUAUGGCCAUGGAACAACUGAAGACAACUACAAUAAUUAUGCCCAGGAAGAAUGGACUACUUCCCGACCCAGUCUAAAAGCACCACUUCCAAGAUCUAAUAGAGGAGGCUACCGAGAACACCCGUAUGUUAGAUACUGAAGGUCUGCAUUUGUGUCUUCACCUUAAAGACAGUUAAUAGCCUAUCGGCUCUGCCUAACAGCAACAAGACAAGUAAUAGUCCAUUUUUAUCUUGGGGAAUUACUGUUCUUGGUUUCCCUGUGUAUUUCCUGUAUUUGCUAUAAAAUUGGUGUGUGACAUUGGCUUUAACAUUAUUUCUUAACACGGACUCAAAACUUUUUGCAGGAUCAUGUUGUCCAUAAACCAUGAAACAGGAUAAUGUUCUCUUAGUUGUGAUGCAUCGUGGUGUACAACUUUUUACAAAAGCAUGAAAGUGUAAAAGCUCUGAAGUAUCUUGAAAAGUACAGAAAAUGCAAAAGCCUGGAUUUUUUUUGUGUAGGGUUGCUAAACUAUUGUAAUAUGAUUUUUGAACAGGAAAUAGUAAAAUUGUAGAUAAGAUGUUUUAAACUGGCUUUUUUAAUAUAUGUAAGAAACAAUUUGUUCAAUAUUAAGUUUGUAAAUUUAAUUUAAAAUGCUGUUUUAAUGGGGUUGAAAUAAAACAGCUACUGUAUGUAUGUAGCUAACUGAAUUUGUUCAGUGUUUUAAUCUGUAUUUGUUAAAAUGAUCACAUAAAGGUCAAUGUGUAAUCUUCUCUAAAUAGGAAAUCAUAACUUGUCAAAUAUGUUUGCCAUAAUUUGUCAAUAAAGCUGAAACAUUUUGUA